AUGGAUUUGGCAUCUUUGUUAUUUUCUACUGUGUCACUGAUAACGUUCUUGCUGAUAUGGUUUCGGAUAUGGAAACAUCGUGGUGUGAUAGCGUUCUUUCAUCCAUAUUGCAAUGCCGGUGGUGGCGGCGAACGUGUUUUAUGGUGCGCUAUUAAUGCCAUGCAAAAAAGUAGGUAUGGCGGGAAGUAUCGAUAUGUGGUUUAUACUGGUGAUGUGAAUGUAACGCCUCAAGAAAUCUUGCAAAAAGCGAAGGAUUGUUUCGAUAUCGAAGUUAUUGAUACCAAUUUGCAAUUCAUCUACCUUCGUACACGGCCAUGGUUGGAAUCGAGCAAUUACCCGUAUUUUACAUUACUGCUUCAAAAUUUGGCUGCUUUCCUGGUUGGCGUCGAAGCGUUGAUCCGGUACAAUCCACAUGUAUUCAUCGAUACAAUGGGCUAUCCGUUUACAUUACCGUUAUUCAGGUGGUUAGCUGGGUCCAACGUUGCUUGCUAUGUGCACUAUCCUGUUAUUUCCCAUGAAAUGGUGAAAUUGGUGAAAUCAGCCGAGCCAUCUUAUAAUAAUGCGCAUUGGAUAGCGAAAAACCGUUUCUUUACUUACUUCAAGUUGAUAUAUUAUCGCAUAUUCGCUAUAUUCUACUCUUUUAGUGGUAUUUGCAGUAAAGUUGUAAUGGUUAAUGGCACCUGGACUCGUGAUCAUAUUGUGGCGUUGUGGGGUAUUGACGAUCGUACAUACCUUGUCUACCCACCAUGUAAUGUUGAUAAUUUACUCAGGAUCAAUUCGAAGGCGGAAAAGUUACUAAGGGAAGAGGGACGGGUACAGAUAUUAUCAAUUGGACAGAUAAGACCCGAAAAAGAUCAUCGAUUACAGAUUUCUGUUUUAGCUGAGUUGAAGAAACGGUUAUUGAAAGAAAAUCUGAAGUACAAGAUUAAACUGGUUAUAUGUGGUGGUUGCCGUGAUAUAGACGAUGUUCAACGUGCCAGAGAUUUGCAGCUGUAUGCAAAAGAUAUGGGCCUUAACAAUAAUGACCUAGAAUGGGCACUUAAUGCGUCUAUUAAUGAAGUAGAAGCACUGCUUGAAGAAUCAUUGAUCGGUAUCCACACUAUGCAAAAUGAACAUUUUGGCAUAUCUGUUGUAGAGGGUAUCGCUGCUGGCCAAAUUAUGAUCGCUCACAAUUCAGGUGGGCCUAAACUGGAUAUAUUAAAUGCGAAUGCCGUUGGAAGCAAAAUUUCGCUCGGUUUGCUGGCAACUAGCGUGAAUGAUUUUGUAGACUGUACUCUAGAAAUAAUACGAAUGAGUCCGGAACAACGCAAUUCAAUACGUGAUGCUGCGCGUUGUUCGGUGAAUCGUUUUACCGAAACAAAUUUUGAGAAAGGAUGGAACUCUGUGGUCGAGAAAUUAUUACCUGCUUAUUAUUGA